UCAUUAUUCAUUGCAGAUUUUUUUUCUUAAUUAUUUAAAGUGUCCCUAGCUUUUUAGUGGAUAUUCCGGCUACUUGUACUGUGGUGGCUCUAGAUGGCAUGUUUAGAAGUAAAAGGCAAGUGGUGUUAUGUUUGUCGCUGCAUAUCAUCAUUCGAGAAAGCUAGGGCUUUUUAAUUUUUAUUUAUUUCAAGUAAUAUCUUCAUAAUCAAGUAGUUUUCACCUUCAGCAUCCAAAAAUGGCUUCUGCUAAAGGACCAGGCCUUUAUGAGUUCCUCACUGAGGCAGAACUGCAAGAUUACUUCAAUGUCAUGAAAACUGAGCUCAAGGUUCAAAAUGUUGGUCAGCUGAAAUUUGUGACAGAUGAAGAUCUACUGGCACUGGGAAUGACCCGACCAGAAAUUAGACGUCUUAAGAAAUUCUUCCAGAAGUAUCAUCCUCAGACUUACUUGUCCAAGUUUAAAAAGAAGCUGUUGUCCCGCCGCGAGAGCGAUGGUCUCUUGCACGGCACUGAAGACGCCGAGAGUUUGAGCGACGCCGGCGAGUUGCGCAGCAGAACAGACGUGGACCGCUGCAGCGUGCGCGUUACCAACCGCCACAUCAUCUCGGCUGAGGCCAUCGUUAUCAAUAAGGAACUCGGCGUCGGCGAGUUUGGUGUUGUGCAGCAAGGAGUUUGGACCAAUGAAAACGGAGACAGGAUCCAAGUGGCCAUCAAAUGCCUGUCGACAGAGCGGCUGCAGUCGCAGCCUCUGGAGUUCCUGAAGGAGGCGGCCAUCAUGCACUCCAUCAACUCCGAGCACAUCGUCAGGCUCUACGGCGUCGUGCUGGACUCGGCCGCCCUCAUGCUGGUGACUGAGUUGGCUCCCCUGCGGUCGCUACUGGAGUGUCUGAAGGAGCCGUCGCUGCGGUCCAGCUUUCCUGUGCUGUCGUUGUGCAGCUUCAGCGUGCAGAUCUGCGACGGCAUGGCUUACCUCGAGAAGAACAGGCUUAUCCACAGGGAUCUUGCUGCUCGGAAUAUCCUUGUGUUCAGCAAGAAUAAAGUCAAGAUUUCAGACUUUGGCUUGUCGCGAGCGCUGCGCGUGGGUAAAGACUACUACCAGACCAACUUCAAUGUCAACCUCAAGCUUCCUAUUGCCUGGUGCGCCCCUGAAUGCAUCAACUACCUGCGCUUCACGUCAGCAUCAGAUGUGUGGGCGUUUGGCGUGACGCUCUGGGAGAUGUUCAGCUACGGCUUCCAGCCCUGGCCCGCACUCACCGGCCACCAGAUCCUUGAAGCCAUCGAUGAGCCCAACUACGAGCGCCUGGACCAGCCUGACGCCUGCCCUCGGGACUACUACUCCGUGAUGCUGCAGUGCUGGCAGCACGACCCUGAGUGUCGGCCUAAGUUCCAUCAUCUGCUCACCUCCCUGCCUGACUGCAAGCCGGAGCAGGUGCAGGCUGUACGUGAGCACCAGGACCCUGCACCACAGCUGUCGCAGCUGCCGUGGCUCAACUAUGCUCUCGGUGACGUCAUCACCGUCCUCGACAAAAGACCGAGCACAGAGGAGAGCUCGCAGGUCAUAUGGAAGGGUGUCCUGAACAACGGCAAGACAGGCUUCUUCAACCCCAGCCACACCGUCGCCUACCUGGGGCCUAAUGUGCCCAGCAACAAACUGCCUCUCGUCAGGGGGGACGGCAAGAACACCUGCUCGUCACGCCGCCGUCUGAGGCCCGACAUGAUCAGCAGGCCCCAGGGAGACCUCAAGCACACCGGCCACGUGGGCCUCGACGGCACCUUCUUCGGUGACGUCGGUAUCCUGGCUACCAAGACUGAUGUGCCUAGGGUGGAGGGCGUGCCCGUGCACCGCGUGCCGCCCUACAAGCCCUACCACUCUGCUGACGCAGACGCGGCGUCCGCGCUGUCCCGCGCAGGUUCUGACGCGUCCGAGCGAGCGCCCUUGCUCAAAAAGUCAAGCGACGAGUACCGAGCAGGGCUGAGCUGCAGCGUCAGAGGGCGGGAGGCGGCCGCCCCGACCCCCAAGAACCUGGAGGGCCUGCGAGGGCUGGACGCGCUCUCUGCCGCCUCCCUCAGCCAGUACCCGCUGGAGUCCAUUGACCACUACACCGAGAUAUCCGACGAGGAGCCUGAGCACCACAAACUUAACGACAAGAGCGAUGAUCGCCUCUGCAACUCGCUCUUCAACACCCUGCCUGCUGAGCGUGACAAGGGCCGCGCCUCCUUGGCUGCUCGCAAGGAUGAUGGAACAAGUCGCAGCACCUUCGACCUCGGCCCCAGCCUGAUGGACGAGGUGCUGCGUGCCCUGGACGACUGCACCUCGACCACCUCCCCCGACGACGCCUGCCGCGCCACUGACGCUGAUGUCAGCAACGUCAGGAAUGAGAUCAGGGAGCUCACGCUCGGCAGGACCUCCAAGAAGAAACAAGUCACGGUGAAGCCCAUCUCAGCGAGCGACGAGCGCACGCUCGACUCAGCCAUCGCGCUCGCGCACGAGCUCGCGUCGCGCUCCAUGCUCGCGCUCAACCAGGCGUGUGAGGCGGACCGCACUGAGCUGAACGCUGACCUCCCCUGCAGGUUCAGCUCGCGCAGCCCCAAGCACGAGCGUCGGCACUUCAGCGAGGAGGUCGCUUCUAUACCCGACAUCCAGGCGAGCAUCCCGGAGCAGGCGAAGGAGGCUUACAAUGCACUGGUGGGUGGCUCAAGCUGCCACUCAGACACGCAUGCCACUAAUGCCAUGCCACUCAAACGCUCCGAAGCCUUCCACCAGCACGCCUCCAAAGACCUCAACACUGCAGCAGAGAACGGCCUGUCCGCCUCUGGUAAAGUCUUGGCAGGCAGGAAAGCAUCUUGUGACGUGACCGUGCAACAGCCUCCUGAUCCCAGCGCCUCGGACCACCACAGCAACCCACUGCGCCUGCUCAGAGCCGGCAUCACCGUCAGGCCUAAAAUAAGAGGCAAUAAACAUAGCCAGGUUCUGAACUUGGUGCCAUCUGAUGGCCCCAGCUCUCCUUCAAUGCCUUCCUACCAAGAUUCUACUCCGUCAUCUUUGAAAAGCUAUUCUGAUUCCAGUGUAAGUGCCUCGCAAACUUUACCAAAACAUUUCAAAAACAGUGAAACUCGUCGUUUGAAAGACCGAAUUUCAGAAAUUAAUCAAGCUCUCGCCGGCGACUACGUGCCGAGUGGUGGAACAGUAAGUGGCGAUGCCAGUGCAGAAGGUGAUGGUAAUCCUUUGCCUCUUCCUCCUAGAGAUAGAACAAGAGCAUCUCAGAACUUCACGAAGCCGAGGCACCAUAGGAAGCAUCCACUGAUCAUACCUGGCAUGCUAGGCAAUGCGUUAUUCCGUUCUUUUCCCUCUAACUCGACUUCCCCCUGGGCUGAUAAGACUGAACCUAAUACUAACCUGGGCGGGCGGCUCGUGAUACAACACACACAUAACCCGCAACUUGAAGACAAGACGGCAGUUAAACCUGGGGUCUUGGCGGCCGCUGCUUUGCAUUCAUCUCCACGAGCUGACGACGACUCCUUAGAUGUUACGCAAGACAUGCUCGCUCUUAAUAGACUCUCACAAGAUGGGUGCUCGGAAAGUAACAGAAGUAGCAUGACCGACCUAUCAAACGCUGAGGACUCUAAUUCUAAAUCAUCAAGCGUUCCGCCGGCCAAACCUCCCAGACUUUUUUCGAAGGACUGUGUUGAUGGCGUCGAAGUUCAAGUGGCAGCUGAUGGCAAGGAGGGACUGCAGCAAGCUGGUGAGAUGGGUCUCUUCGAGGGAGGGACUUUCUCGCUGAGCCCCCGGGCCACCAGCCUGCUCGACCAAAACCCUUUCCUGUAUUCUGACAGAAUUAUGAGAGAAGGCAAAAGAGACCGAACAUCUUUAGGUAAAGUUUAUCAAUCUGGAGACCACGUGAGCUGCGAGGACCUUCUCGAGUUCGCACUUGACAAACCUGAUUCUCGAAGGACCUCUGGACCACAGCAUGGAGAGAGCAGCGAUGAGUGUAAACUCAUUCUCAAGAUACUUAAAAAUCAGGUGUCGGGACAGGAGUGCGUGUCUGCGCUGGACGUGUGCCACUGGGACGUGCAUCACAGCCUCAAGCUGCUGCGCGUGCUGCUGCUGCUGCUGCCGGCGCAGCGUCCUCAGCUCAACGUCGUGCGGGAGACGCUCGUCGCCUGUGGCUGGGACGUGGCCAAGGCCGCUUCAUUCCUGUCCAAUUCUCAUGCUUGAUUCUCUCAGUCCAUGUUUCUCUCAUGAUUGAUAAGCUCUUGCUUACUAGAUUAAUCUCGUGCUUUAUUCUGCCUUGUCUCUGGUUAGUACAAGUUAGCUUACAAAUUUUCAUACCGUCGAUCAGGCACUUGGACAGACCUACUGUAAUCCAAUUAAUCUUUCAUUAUAAAACAUCAUACAAUAUAAUAUGCAACCAGUCGUCUACAUUAAAUUUCAGCAUCUUCGUCUCGAAAUACUUUGACUCUGGUAAACCGCAUAGUUCACUAGACUCUGGAAUUUUACAAUGUAUAUCUCUUGCUAGGUAUCACAUUCUGCUCAAGUUCAAAAUGUUUUGACUUGUGCUCCACGUCUAUAAUUUAUUUUCCACUUGUCUUUUGUAUGCUAAUUAAUUGACAUACCGUUAGCUUAAGCGGAGCAGUGGUGACUCGUGCCAAAAUAACCUUGCAAAUUAUUUUAAUAAUAAUUUUAUUUUAGAAUAAAAUUAAAGAUUUGUAUGAAUGUCUGUCUGGCAAGGACUUCUGUACGAUUUCUUCCAUGAGAAUAUUGGUGAACAAAUAUUUUCCAACGAUCUAAUUCGUUGAAACGAGAGAGAUGAAAAGUAUUGAUAUUCUUACACAUAUAUUAGCUUGAAAUCUCAUAAAGGAAUCUCCAAGUUAUAUGUUAAAAAUUUUUAAAUUCAAUUUUUAUUUGCUCCUAGGUGUCUUUGGUAUUUUUUGUUAGAAAAAAUUUGGUUUAAGUUGGUAAUUCAUGUAUAGUUGCGUAUUUUGUGCGUAUUAUUACUCGAGGCUGCUGUGCUAUCUUCUAGUUUGUCAGCAUUGAGUUUGUUCCUGCACUCGUGAGCUGUGUUCGUGAGACCACAGCUGAGGCCAUCGGCAGCCUCGCUGCUGGGCUGGCCUCCUCAGCCGCUGCUCAGACGACCAUCUUCCUGAAUGCCAAAAUCAGAGCCAAAUCAAGAAUUGUUUUCAAGUCAGAGAAAUCAGAGUGAUUUUUUCUUAGCAGUUGUUUUUAAAUAAAAAUAAUGACGUGAAUAAAAGCAGUUCCACGUUGAAGCAUCUUAGGUGGCGUACUAUGAUUGUCAAACCUGGGGUAAAUGGAAGUUAAUGCAUUGUUCUUGCAGAUUUAAUUCUUCCAGCGCGGAAUCACGGCUAUGUCCCGCGCAAUAAAUAUGUUUUUAGGAUGCAAGGAACGGCUUGAAAAUCUACUCCAUUUCUUACAACCUUAUUGAUGAUCAUUAUUAGAAUGAAAACGCUGUAAACGCUAAUGAAAAUUGUCCGGCAGCUCUUUCAGAUCUGGUAGAGUGUAGACGAUUCGUUCAUUUCGUUGUGCGCAAUGGUCUUGUGUAUCACAACAUUUCAAUCCAUGUGCAAUAAGAGAGAUUUUCAAACGGCGAAUGAUUGUAAAGUUAUUUGUUUUAUCGAAAUGUAAAUAUUUGUGGUUCAAACGAUUGGUCUGCAUACUCCUUUGAACCGAGAUUUUUUAGGUAUGACUGCUCUGAGGAAUUAAGAAAAUAUGUCAGUGCAAGCGUUCACAUAUCAGUCGAAGGCAGCUGUCCUGAGUGAAAAUUGGAGAGCCAGUCGAUGCUAAGUCAUAAAUUUGUAGACGGUGCGAGUCAACAACACUUGUUAGGUUUAGCGAAUAAUUCUUGUAUGCUUAGCCUAUAGAGCAUUCGGAUAAAUAGAAAAGUUCUGAUGACAUGCUUCCCCCUCGAUCUUACGUAAUAAACUGAAUCUCAACAGCAAUUGAGGAUCUGAAGCGGACUAACGUCUGCUGCUGCCUGAUGGUCUCAGGCGAUGUGGGGUUUGGGCUACACGCAGCGCGUUGCGUGUCGCGCGUUGCGUGUCGCGUCUUGCAGAGUUUCUUGUUACUCGAAGUGCAAUUUAUGCUCACUCUUUCAUAACUUCAAUUCUCUUAAUGAAUUCUCUGGUAGAAAUGACAACUAUGGUCACUAUUAUUAGAACUUAUAAUAACAGUAAUUCAUUUCUUUGCUUCAUAUUUUACGAAUUUGUCAAUUCUAUUCUGGGAGGUAAUGUUGUUAUGAUAUUUUGAACUUAUAGACAAUAAAAUAUGGUAUUAUCGUCCUGGUCUCUUACAAGACGUAUUUCGGA